GUCGCCGCCGGGGGCGACGGCCCUGCCAGCGAGCGCGUCCCUGCAGCGGGGCUCGGCGGAGACUCGGGGCGGCCCGGGGGCCCGGCCCUGAGGAGGGCGUUGCGCGCAGGAGGCCAGGGCGAUGGGACCGAGAGGAGCCCGGGCGGCGGCGGCGGCGCGGCGACAGUGAGAGCGGUGACCCGCGGAGGCCCGGCCGCCCGCCGCCCCAGCCCCGUCCGCUCCCUCGCUGGCCCCGGCGCCUACGGCUUUCCGGACCGGCCCCGGCGGCGGCUCCAGCGGGGGCCCGGCGGGCGGGCGGCGGCCCCAGCUCCUGCCCGGCGGCAGCGGCGGCGGGAUCGGCCUCGGCGGCUGCGGCUGCGGCGGGGGCGGUGGCGCAACGUGGAGAUCGAGAACAUGGUGGCCAACAGGCUGCUGCUGAAGGCCCGCGAAGGAGGAUAUGGAAAAAGAAGCAGUCGUAGUAAAAAAUGGAAGGAGAUGCUGAAGCUACCCCCUGUGAGCAAGUGCAGCGAGCUUAGGCAUUCCAUCGAAAAGGAUUAUAGCAGUCUUUGUGACAAGCAGCCGAUAGGAAGACUUCUCUUCAGACAAUUCUGUGAAACAAAACCUGAUCUAAACAGAUGCAUUGAGUUCUUGGAUGCAGUGGCAGAAUAUGAAGUGGCCCCUGAUGAGCACCAGAGAGACUGUGGACUGAAGGUCCUAGAUACGUUCUUCAGUGAGGAGACGCCUGAAGCCCCUUUACUAGAAAUACCUCAGGAUGUUGUGACAAAAUGUAAAGAGAGACUAGAAGAGGACCCUUCCAAGGAAGUCUUCGAGGAAUGCACUAGAAUUGUCCAUAAGUAUUUAAGUGGAAAACCAUUUGAAGAAUACCAAGAAAGCUCAUAUUUUUCUCAGUUUUUACAGUGGAAAUGGCGGGAAAGGCAACCAGUAACAAGGCGCACAUUUAGACAUUACAGAGUUCUAGGAAAAGGUGGAUUUGGAGAGGUGUGUGCCUGCCAAGUGCGAGCUACAGGAAAAAUGUAUGCCUGUAAAAAACUAGAGAAGAAGAGGAUAAAGAAGAGGAAAGGUGAAGCCAUGGCUCUGAAUGAGAAAAGAAUCUUAGAAAAAGUGCACAGCAGAUUUGUAGUUAGUUUAUCCUACACGUACGAAACCAGAGACGCCUUGUGCUUGGUGCUAACCAUCAUGAAUGGAGGGGAUCUGAAGUUUCACAUCUAUAACCUGGGCAAUCCUGGCUUUGACGAGCACAGAGCUGUGUUCUAUGCUGCAGAGCUGUGCUGUGGCUUGGACGAUUUACAGCGGGAAAGAAUUGUGUACAGAGACUUGAAGCCUGAGAACAUUCUCCUGGAUGACCGUGGACAUAUCCGGAUUUCCGAUCUUGGUUUAGCCGCAGAGAUCCCAGAAGGGGAGACGAUUCGAGGACGAGUUGGAACAGUCGGUUACAUGGCUCCAGAAGUUAUCAAUAAUGAAAACUAUACAUUUAGUCCUGACUGGUGGGGACUUGGCUGUCUGAUAUAUGAAAUGAUUCAGGGACAUUCUCCAUUCAGAAAAUUCAAAGAGAAAGUCAAACGGGAGGAAAUUGACCGAAGAGUGAAGAAGGACAACGAGGAGUAUUCCGAGAAGUUUUCAGAGGACGCCAAAUCCAUCUGCAAGAUGUUACUCACCAAGAACCCAGAGCAGCGGUUGGGCUGCAAGGGGGGCGGAGCGGCUGAAGUCAAACAGCAUCCCGUGUUCAAGGACAUCAACUUCAAGAGGCUGGAAGCAAAUAUGCUGGAUCCCCCUUUCUGUCCUGAUUGCCUGCCACUCUCUCAAACUGAGGAAACGAAGCCUGACCCUGGCCAUCUCAUGGUGGGUGACUCUCUUUGUGCCCAGCCACAUGCCGUGUACUGCAAGGACGUCUUGGAUAUCGGGCGAUUCUCCAUCGUGAAGGGAGUCUACCUGGACACCAGAGAUGAGGAGUUCUACGCCACCUUUGUCACGGGCUGUGUCUCCAUCCCCUGGCAGAAUGAGAUCAUCGAAUCCAACUGUUUCAAGGACCUCAAUGACAGUGGAACUGAGGAAGACUUUGCAGAUGAUCUAGAAGAGACAUCAUGUCCCCCCAUUCAAAAACCAAAGAGGGGCUUCUUGUACUGGCUCCUCAAGAGACUGGGCUGUCUCAGCUCCAUACCCAGCGAGAAGAAAGAGGAGCUGAGGAGACGCUGAGCUGUUCACCGUGCGGACCUUGCAAGGCCACACCUCUGUGCCAAGCAGGGGCACAUGCUCUGAGUCGUAAUAAAUGCCUACAGCAUACUUAGA